AUGGCGUACCAGAACGCGUACGGCCAGCCGCAGUAUCCGCCGGCGCAGUAUGAUGACUACAACCCCUACGCUGCUGCCGCGCAGCCGCACAAGACCUACGAGCAGGGAGGCUACAAUUAUGAAAGCGGAGGCUACAAUCAGGGUGGAUACACUGACGAUCCGUCUGGUGUUGGCAAGGAGAGAGACAGGAAUGUGUUCGAGCGGGAAGCGGACGACGCAUUCCCAAACAGACCCUCGGGUCCCAAGAACACGAGGAAUAUGCGGCGAUGGAGGCUCGAACAUAGUGAAGGUCUCUGGACAAGAGGGGGGGCAUUGGCCACUUUUGGACGGUUCUUCUGCUGCACCAUCAUGAUCGUUGUGUUCCUGUUCAUCAGCAUCGUGCUGUCCUUGGUUCUGUGGGUCAGACCACCGAGUGUUCUGAUUGGCACUCCGACUCUCAACGGCACCUCACCGGUCUCAGUACAGAACAGUGCUCUUGUCCUUGCGCUUGAUGUCGAUGCUAGCGUCAGCAACCCCAACUACUUCUCAGUCCAGUUCACGGACCUGGAUCUCAAUCUCUUCUAUCCCAUCAACAACACCGCCGUAGGUGGCGGGUCAUUGAAGAACGUCGACUUCAGAUCACACGAAACCACGAAUAUUACCUUCCCGCUCGAUCUUAAGUACAACAUCACCGGCUCGUCCAGCACGAAUGUUCUCGUCGAUCUGGCUCAGAAGUGCGGUGUCCUCCCCGGGUCCUCGAAGUCCGACAUCACCAUCAACUACAAAGCGACGGUCGACGUCCGUAUCUUCGCGAUUCCUGUGAAGCCUACAAUCAGCAACAGCUUCAGUUUCGAAUGUCCGAUUGAUAGCAGUGAUAUCGAGAAAUUGUUGCAGGAAGCAGGAAUCAACAUCUCCGACCUUGGCUCGUUGCUCUGA